CACAAUAAUUUUAAAAUGUAAUAUUAUUUUUAUUACGUCCUGUUAUGUUUACAUGACAUUUUAAAAUAUAUUAUUAUAUUUUAAAAUGUUUAUAACUUAAGCAAUCUAUGCAGAUUGGUUUAAGGUCUAAAUUAUUUAUUGUUCGUAUUAAAUUAGUUUAUUGUGUAAAUACAAUAAGGUAUUAUGGACUUAUUUGGUAUUCUUAUUACCAUAGUGUUUUUUUAUGUUAUCAUUUUGUUCCUGGAUGUAACCUUCAAGGAAUAACUAUUGGGCCCUUUCAACUACAAUGGUAUACAACAUCAUUUAAUCGGAUGAUAUUGAAAAUGUCUUUUUGGAAUCCUAAAUUUCAAACUUUGUGGUUCACAUUUGGUUCUUGGGUUACUAUAUGUCUUAUAGUACCUUCCAUUUGUUUGGUUAUUGUUUCAUGUUUACAAAUAUGCAGAAGAAUGUAUUCAGAGUCAUUGACUGUGAAGUCUCAAACUAUUUUUUUAGAACCAAUUGUUCCGGGUAUUAAUUUACCAAUGUCUGAUUUUGGAUACUAUGUUAUUGCGCUAAUGUCUACAACAAUAUUUCAUGAACUUGGCCAUGCUUUAGCAGCAAUAAGAGAAGAUAUGCAUGUCGAAGGUGUUGGUAUGAUACUUGUUUUAAUACUACCUGUAGCAUAUGUGCAUUUAGAAGAUAUCACCUUGUUACCUAGUAGUAAACAACUUCGAGUAAUGUCUGCUGGUGUAUGGCAUAAUGUUUUUCAAGGAUUGAUGGCAUACAUCAUUUUAAUAUUAUUGCCUGUUAUGAUGAUACCAUUUUAUUCAAUUGGUUCUGGAGUAAUUGUUACUAAUGUAGAUCAGAGAUCUGGUGUAUAUGGUAAAGGAGGACUUCUAGAGAAUGAUGUUAUAACUCAAUUAGGAGAUUGCAAAGUAAAUGAUUAUGAAACUUGGUCAAAAUGUUUACAGUAUUCUUUGGGAAAAACACAAUCUGGAUUUUGUUUAUCAUCUGAAUUCGUUCAAGAGCAUGAUUUAACGAAACAUGUUGAGCAUAACACUGAUGGUACACUUCUCUGCUGUGAUUCAAACACAUUAUCAGAUUUAUGUUUUGAAUAUGUGGAAUCAUCAUCUAACUCUCAAGAACUACCACAUUAUUCGUGUCUUAAUGUGAGAAAAGUAAUUGAAAAUUCUUUGUCAUAUUGUGAUUAUACUAAUCAUUGUUCCUCAGCUCAUUGUUAUCGACCAUCUUUAAACAACUUAACAAAAUUAAUAGUUAUUGUACGGCAGUUAGGAAAUGAAGUAUUAUUUCUUGGACAACCUACAGAUUUGUUGUAUGUAUCUGUAACAGAGUAUGUACCUAAGACUGAUUACUUAUCAUCUAGAUUACCACAAUCCUUAGAAAAAUUGUGUAAGUAUUUAUUGAUGUUUGCUGGAGGUUUAGCUGUUAUAAAUGUUAUUCCAUGUUUUUAUUUUGAUGGUGAAAAAAUUUCAAAAGUUCUUGUAAAUACUCUGCUCAGGGAUCAUAUAGAACAUUCUAGUGUAAGAUUAGCAAUUUCUCUUUGUUUUACUUUUGUAGGUUCUUUAAUUUUGUUGAUCUACCUAUUAUUAGGAUUUUGGUCUCUUUUAGGGAUCAUUAAGUAAUUUUUAUGAGUUAUUUAAUUGAUUUUAAAAUAUAUUAAUUAAACUAAAUUUUAUUUAAUUGCUCUUAGUUGUUUAGAUAUAAUAAUGUAAUGGAUAAUCCAUAAUAAUGGAUCAAGGUAUGUUUUAACUAUAGUACUAUAAUUUUAUUCCUUUUACAACUGUAAUUAUUAUGUUGAAAUAUAAUUUAUUUGUAAAUA